GGUUUAACGGCAAGCAGUCAUUUAUAUUGCUCUAAUCCUCACUGCCGGUUUGAGCGCCCUCUUUAUAUUCUAUCAUGACCAAAUCGUACAUGCAAUUCAACCAGCAGCUAACUGGAUGCACAACUUCAAGUUUGGAUGGAUAAUCCCUAUAGCCAUUUUCUUUGUGAUAUCGUUCCCUCCGCUCUUCGGCCACGAGAUACUGGCUAUUGUGUGUGGUCUCGUAUGGGGCGUAUGGAUUGGUUUUGCCAUAGUAGCAGCUGGCACUUUCAUCGGUGAAAUAGGAAACUUUUAUGCCUUCAAACACCUUUGUUCAACUCGCGGUCACAAGAUAGAGAAAAGCAGUAUCAUCUACUCCUCUUUGGGAAGAGUCGUCCGCGAGGGUGGUUUCAAAAUUGCAUUGAUCGCCCGUUACAGCGCCAUCCCCCCUCACUUCACCACUGCAUUAAAGUUAGUGACCUAGGGUUGAACACGGGUGAACCCGCGGGUCGCUGAGGCCACACCGCACCCGUACCCGCAAACACCGCACCCGCCACGGUGCGGGUGUACACCGACCCGCCAGUUCUGCGGGUAUGCACGGUAUACCGCGGUUU